UGAUCAAAUUGCUAGUCCGAUUGUCUAUCAUAACUGUAACGCUGCUCAGGACCCACAUGUUCCAGUCCUUGACAUGCUCACCGAUUCCCCCCUUCCAUCCUUAGAGCAAGCAACUGGGACUUCCUCAAGUGACACUGUUCCGGUCGAGAUAACCUCUCAACGCAUUGUAGUCGACACCCUUUCUCAUUUAGAGUCCUCAUCAGGCUCUAAAAAUUCAAUGGUUAUCCCAGAAGUUCCGUCUCAGACGCACGCUACCGUGCCCACCAUAGCUAAACCCCCGAUCACAUGGAAUUAUACCCCUCCCACCACUAACCCGUUCUUUGCUAGGGCGCUUGCUUUCAACGCAAAGGCGUUGAAAAAACCUCUACCCUUAGUUGCUCGAGUAUCUAAUGAAGCGAACGCAACUGCUUCUUUCGCCGCCCCUAGCUAUUGUCGGAUCGUCCACAGCAAACAUUCUGCCCAAGCCAUUGGUGUACGAGCAGGCUUCUGACGCACCCACGGCGAACAGAAACCCAGUCUCCUUACCCCCACCCGUUCACUUACUACCUCAUGACGGUGAUAGGAGUAUUUUGCCACCCCUUGCCGAUGAAGCUGCAGUAGACACGCCCCAAGAGCUUCUACAAACAGAAGCUCGCCACGAUAUCGAUGCUCCUUCAACCCGCAGCGACCAGUCUUCCACUCAUGACUCUACUGCCAUGAACAUCCCCAUCUCCAUGUCAGACAUACCAGCACCACCAUCAACCGCCCCUCCCUCAUCCGCCCCCCUCCCCGUCCCACCACGCGUGCAGCGGCCCAUUAAAAGACUCUCGCUUACCGAGUUGAUUAACAAGAGGCGAGAGGAGCACUUCAGGUCGCAUCCUUCUGGCGAAUGCAUCGACCUCACGGACGAUGUGUCUCCUUCAAGUGGUAGUAGUCGUGCGCCUAGUGUGUCGAAGCUUCAGGAAUCUGCGCAACCUCCACACAUUACAACCAACGAUGUGUCUUCAUUACCUGCCCCAGUCUCCGCUAGACAGCCAGCACCGAUUGUUGAGACUCGCACGCCCAGUAUACAGGAAAUUCGCGAUCUAAUGCGUCAGCGUCCAUCCAGCAGUAAAUUCAGCAUCUUUUCAGUAGCCGGCAACCUGACAUCGUCUGCAACAUCUGCCACCAGCUCCCUCAUUCCCAACAUCUCUCCUCCUCGUUCCAUUACAUCCAAUUCAACAUCAUCCAGUAACCAAAGCAGCUCUAAAUCUAGCCCGCGCAGGAAGAACCGCUCGAUAGGCAUGGCAAGUAUUGAAAUGUUCAUCUCGCCCAUCCCGGACGGGUCCCAGCCCGCGUCGACGAAGAAGACGACGCCACCGACUGUGAAGAGAACCUCAUGUAAUGCGGAUGUGUUCAGGCGCAUUAUCACGCCUACAGCGGAGAUAUCGGUGCGCAAUCCCUCAUUGUCUCCUUCUGAGGGUCGGAGAAUCAGGCGUGUUGUUCGGCCACCCAGUCCGCAGGGUAUCGGCGCUGGUGCCGAUGAUGUUGCUGCGCAACUUCAUGAUCAGUCUCGUGCACUGCCUGAACCACUUGAGGAUUCCGCCCUCCUAGAUGACGCAAUAGACGAUAUGCUUCCAUCGGAAGGCUUGCAAGGUGUCACUGAGAGCAUUGGAUCGCUGGAUUUACAUGAACAAAGUCGAUCCCCUGAAGUAGACACCAAUCUCAAUCAGAUGGACGUUUCGCCUUUAGAGAGUAUACGUGAAGACGGGUACCUUGAAGGCAUCCCCGUGUCCGCCGAAUUGAUGGAACACGAGGAGUUAGAGUCACUGGAGAUGUUGGUGGAUGACGUUUCGGCUGAGAGUGUGGAGCAAGCUCCGGUCUCUGUUGAUCAGUGCCGCGAUGUUGACGAAGAAGACGCUGGUGUGGAUAUGAGAGGAACACGAGCAUUGGCGGAACGCACAAGGUCUAUGUCGACGGCUUCAGAUGGGGAGGUACGUUGCUCUCUCAUGGCGGGACGCCUACGUGACCUUUUCUUACCCUUCAAUUUCAGGCAGGAGAUGCAGAUCAUCCGAUUUCCAUCAACAGCAGUCGGACGGUAUCUUCGCACACUUCUUCAAGACAGCUUUCUCAGUCUCCCGUGUCUGCUGGUCCCUUGGGUGUCGCCGGCGUGGUAGAUGGAGGUUAUGCCGCGCCCGUAAAACAGCUCGAAGACGGUGUCGAAUAUUAUAUGGGCGGAUAUCCUGUCGUGACAUGGAAUUCGUAUUCGCAAGCACAGCGACUGCUGCCUCCCAAGUACCGUCUCGCAAAGGACCUUCCACAUGAGCUCCAGGACCGCGUCAAUGCCCUCCCUCAGUCGUUCAGAGAUUCGCCCCAGGCAACCGUGCUUUUCGAGGCUAUGAUCGAUGAAGCAAUGGAUGACG